CAUCCGCCUCGCAAUCGUCCCGGCGUCCGCCUUCCAAGCGGCCGACCCACCACGCCUUCUUCGUGCCCUUCGCCCACUCCAUCCCCCACACACCCCAAAAAAACAGGAUAGCCAUGAACACCAUUGCGAAUUCCGCCAGGAGUGGCUGGGACCGCAUGACGAGAGCGCCCUCGAUACCCUUUGGCGGCCACCGGUCCAACGCCAGCGACUUGCAGCAAGCUCACCGCCCCGUUCGCACCGCGACAGCGCCCGUCACCUCGGCCGCGCCUGCAGGCCACGCCCAGGUCACCCUCUCCUUCAAUGUGCCCUUCAACUCGGAGCUCGCCGGGCCAAGGCGCGAAGAGGUCAUCUACGCAUCGCCAGGCGCUUUUGAUCGCUGGGUCCAGCCCGAAGGCGCCGAGGACAAGCCCGUGUACGAGCUGCCUGUGCACGCGCAGCACCGCGAAAAUCUCGAGAUUUUUUGCGAGAACAUCGUACACAAGACAAAUGGCGGCGUCAGGUACUUUAUCCGGUCCGGUCAUCCCAAGCCCGUCGCCGGCAUGCCGCCAAGAUCCAAGGCCUGGGUCACCAAUGUGUGCCUCCGUGGCCCUUACGACGUCGUCCAAGGCGCCCGUCAGGCCAUCCUGAACUCGAUGCCGAUAUCACUGCGUUCCGCCGUCAUCGACCUGGACGAGCACCUAGUCUCCGGCAAACGACCGUCGGACGGCGCCCACGGCAUAUCAGCGGAGUUCCUCGCCCAUCUGGACAAGACGGCCCACCAUACGCAAGCCGAUAUCUUCUUGUUGAAGCCCAAGCCGCUGGAUGAUGCCGUCAGUCUGAACGGCAGCAUCGAGGCCGCGAGCAGCGAAAAGCUUCGUAUCGUAGUCUUUGGCGACAUGCUGACCGAAGAGCAUGCCAAGAUCAGGCUCUUGAUCAUGAUUGACCAGCUGCAUCGACUCCACGUCGACACAAUGCCAAUCGAUCUGACACUGCACACCUUGAUUCAAGGGCGGGGCCGCAAGAACAUUACCGCCAUCGAGUCGGCUACGAACACGACAAUUUACUUCCCACCGCCGUUCCCUCAAGUGUUUGGCUACGUUCCGCCGGGCGCUAUCCGUAGACCGGAAGACGAGAUCAUCAUCACUGGCAAAAACGCGAGCGAAAUCACGGACGCGAAGCUGCGAUUGAGGAACUUGGUCGUGGCAGCUAAGCCUUUCUUCAAAGAUGUCAACAUCACCGACACCAAGAUUGACGACAUCAUUCUUGGCCGCCUCGACAAGGUUCGAAAGCUGAUGGAGCUGAACGGUGCCUUUGUCGUGUUUCCGUCUGUUGGUCGCAGAAUUGGGCGCAUCCGCGUACAGGCAACAGACAUGCUCAACGUUGAGCGUACGGUUCGUGAGGUCAUGGCAUUGGCGUCGCAGUUCUACAGCGCAACUUGGCUCGUCCAAGGCCAGGCCGACUUCAGCGCCUACACCGAGGAACUUUUCGAGGGCCUGGGUGACAUCUGCAUCAGCUCGGGCGCCGAGGUCAUCUUUGAGAACAACACGUUCCACGUUUUCGGGUCCGAUGACUCGGUCAAGCUUGCCAUGCACGUCAUCAGCGACACGCCCUUUGCUAAGUACCAGGCCGCGCUGUCUGUCAAGGUCGAGCUCGCCAACGAGCACAAGGAGUUUGUCAGCGGCAAGAAGAAUGGCAAGAUCAACAAGAUCAUGAGUCACUCCAAUGUCCAGAUCGUGUUUGACGGUUUCAACGAAUACAACUUCUACAUCGACAUUCGUGGCCAGCAUUACGAUGCCAUCAAGAACGGCUUGGAGCUUGUCGAGCAGGAGAUGCCUGCUUCGAUCUCGUUCCAUGUUCCCGAUCAAUACCACAAGCGCAUCAUCGGCAUCGGCGGUCAGCACAUCCAACGCAUCAUGAAGCGCUACUCUGUAUUCGUCAAGUUCUCGAACGCAAUGGACCGAGGUGCCCACGGACGAGACGAUGAGGACAUCAAGGUCGACAAUGUCAUCUGUCGCACGCCAACGCGAAACGCCCAAAAUCUGGAACUAGUCAAGCAAGAGAUCAUGGACAUGGUGGAAAAGGUCGACGCCGAGUUCGUCAACGAGACCGUGUUCAUCGAUAGACUUUACCAGCGCGACAUGAUCAAGCGUAUGCCUGAAAUCGAGCAGCUUGAGAAGAAGUGGAACUGCAAGAUUACUUUUCCAAAUCCUGAAGAGGCGAGCAACAACGUCACCAUUUCCGGGCCCGAGUACCAAAUUCCGCAUGCUGUUGAUGGUUUACUGGGGAUGGUGCCAGAGUCACACGAGCUUGCCUUCUCUGCCUCUCCUGAGCUGAAGGAGUACUUGCGAGGGCCAGAAUUUCAGUCCGACGUUGUUACUACCAUGCGUGAACAGUACUGUCUCGAUGUCCGCCUCGACCCAAAUUGGAAAGCACCUGCCGACCUUUCCGAUCCUGAAUGUCUUGUGCUUAGCUACACUCGUAACAACGCUGGUGGCCUCAAAGAUGCCAUCGAUGCCCUCGUAGCUAAGCUGGUUGCCAAGGGUCUUAACGCCGAGACAGUGAAGGGUGCUAUUCCCAGGCCCAAGUCAGACUCGUUCGAGGACUCUCUUCCUUUUUUCGAGUCGAAGCUUCUGCAUCAAACAAAGCCAUCCAACACUGAUUCACCAACUCGUUCCAACUUCGGUGAUGUCGAAGGCGAAAGCUCGAGCUUCUUCUCCAAGUUCCGCAAGCCGGGAAGCAUGACGUCCUUCUCCUCACUCAUCGACCGACGUCGAAACGGUACCAACUCGCCGGGUUCGCUGUUCAAGCACGCUUCAAGCAACGCCUCGAAAGCGUCACUGGCAAGUCUGGAAUCCGUCAGCAGCUUUUCGCGGAAUCCAUGGAAUGACAGUGGCAUCAACCUUCCUGAAGAAGAGGGCGGUGCUCUCCACCUCGGCGGCAAUGGCUGGCAUCAUCCUCCACCAAGCUCUCACAGCAUGACCAAUGGCAAGUUCCCGUCCUUCGGCACUCUGCCAACAUCCCACGCCAACGGCUCCGUCGCAUCGCUAGGUCCACAUCCAGUACCAGGUGACACCACGCCGACCUCACGCUAUGACGUCCGCGGAUCUGUUGACAGCGGUCGCCCCAGCACUUCUCAUUCUUUCAAAACCGCUUCUACUAUUACAACUACCACCACUACUACAGGAUACCCGGGUCCGAUCGGCCCACCACGUUAGAGAUACCAAAAAAAAAUUUACCUGCAACUACAAAAGCGGCCAAUGAUGAACAAUACCCACAAUGGUUUAUAACGCAAGAUACCACUCUUACGGAGCACACGAAAAGGAAAUACCCAUUUUGCGAUGUUUUCUGAUUUAUUCAACUUUUUUUUUUCCUUCUUUCUGAUAUCUUGUACCUCGUAUCGUGAAAAUUGUUGGGCUGGAAAGCAAAGCUAUCAAAUGCUAUUGUGCUAGUGAAAGUGCUUAUCCUUGACGUUGAACUUGUUUCCUGAGAAUAUUGUUGCCUUCUCAGUCGUGGCGAAAUCUUCUCAGGAAAGAGACGACGGGAACAUGUUGGCUUGGGUUUAUACAUAUGACUUUGAACGGGGAUGGUGUAAAGGUGUGCUUUUGUUUUCAAUGCGGCUGUCUCUUGACAGUGGCCAGCUCUCGGGACAUCGUCCAAUGUUCAAGAGGCUUGACUUGAAGAACAUGGCCCACGUUACCUUUUUGCUUGCUGCAUUUGCGAUGAUACCACUCAACCAUAAAUCUGGCGCCGCUCUGCAUUCUUUUCUAGCAAAUAAGACGAUACUCACUCUCUUGCUGGGACACGAGAGGACGUAUUUCUGCAUCAUUUGAAGGACACGCAACUUAAACUCGUGGGUGCAGUGGAGAUCAGCUUUGUGGGAUCAAUUUGAGCACAAUGACGCGAUGUAGGAUGACGGCUGGAUUGUGUGGGGCUGCUAAUUCAGCUAAAGUCUGGUAUCGCGGUAUCAAGUAUACGGGUAAUGCAAUGAGCAGAUUCAAACUUGCG